AUCUAGUGAAGGAUGGGGGACAUACACAUUUCAUCAGGUUUCUUGAUAGCCAGGAAGCAUAUCCAGAACAGCGUGCAAUGGAUGCAUUUGUUUUGGCUGUAAUUGUGGAUGGUCACAGACGGGGUCAAGCUCUAGGGAGAUUUUCCUUUGGUCACAAUAAUCAUCUCAAGUCAAUUGCUGCAGCAUAUUGGAAGCAUACUGGGUCUCCUUGGAGUUCCCUCCCUUCUUUGGCUCAUAGAAGAAGUCCAAGUAGUGUUGUUCCAUCUCAGAUUGGUCCAAUAUCAAGAGUUGGCACUGAUAGCUCGUCUCAUGUUCGAGAUGGAAGGGUCUGCACUAGCAGCCCUCUUGCUACUUCUGGAUUGGCCCGAUCCUUUGGCAUUGACUCCUUUUGGAUUGGCUCGAUCGUCGUCAUGGCUUGAUAUGAAUG